UCUUCCGUUGCCGGGGUAACGGGACACCUGGUGGUUGGCUGGAUUAGCUAAUUGGAUUAGCGAACAAGCUAAAAUGGAUACCGACCUAGUUGUUAUUUAGAGGUUGUUUGCCAGUUAGUGAGGGAAUAUUUUUGGAAAACUUGUUCUCAAAAAUGGAGGUUACGUUAACCAUGGACCCCCUUUUUCUCGCAUGGAGCUAUUUCAGAAGAAGGAAAUUCCAGAAAUGUUCGAAUAUUUGUACAAAGGUAUUAGAAGACAAUCCAUACGACCAGGAACCUGAUACUUCACUUCAUAUGGCUGAGGCGGCUUGGAGCCUGAAGACAAGGGCUCUGACUGAGAUGGUGUACAUCGAUGAGGUGGAUGUGGAUCAGGAGGGUAUUGCAGAAAUGAUGUUGGAUGACAGUUCCAUUGCACAAGUUGCCCGCCCUGGAACAUCACUGAGGCUCCCUGGUACAGCCCAGGGUGGAGGACCUUCUCCAGCUGUCAGACCAAUGACCCAGUCAGGACGGCCCAUCACGGGAUUUGUAAGACCCAGCACUCAGUCUGGUAGACCAAGCACCAUGGAACAAGCCAUUAAGACACCUCGAACUGCAAACACCACCCGUCCAGUUACCAAUUCUUCUGGGAGAUUUGUCAGAUUAGGCACAGCUUCUAUGUUAACAAAUCCAGAUGGACCAUUUAUAAACUUGUCCAGGUUAAAUUUGACAAAGUAUGCCCAGAAGCCAAAUUUAUCUAAGACUUUAUUUGAAUACAUUUUCCACCAUGAAAAUGAUGUAAAAACUGCAUUGGACCUAGCUGCUCUUGCCACUGAGCACGCACAGUUCAAGGACUGGUGGUGGAAAGUCCAACUUGGAAAAUGCUAUUACAGGCUUGGUUUGCACCGUGAGGCUGAGAAACAGUUCAGAUCUGCCCUUAAUCACCAAGAAUUUGUAGAUACAUACCUCUACCUUGCAAAGGUAUAUCGACGAUUAGAUCAGCCCAUAACUGCCUUGAAUCUCUUUAAACAAGGCCUGGACCAUUUCCCACGAGAGGUGACUUUGCUGACUGGAAUUGCUCGUAUUCAUGAGGAGAUGAAUAACAUCACUUCAGCCACAGAAUACUACAAAGAUGUCUUAAAGCAGGACAAUACACAUGUGGAGGCUAUUGCCUGCAUUGGAAGCAACCACUUCUACACAGACCAGCCAGAGAUCGCCUUGCGCUUCUUCAGACGGUUGCUGCAGAUGGGUGUGUAUAACUGCCAGCUGUACAAUAACCUGGGCCUGUGCUGCUUUUAUGCUCAACAGUAUGAUAUGACUCUGUCCUCUUUUGAGAGGGCAUUAGCCCUCAUUUCUAGCGAUGAGGAACAGGCAGACGUCUGGUAUAAUCUUGGACAUGUUGCAGUGGGUAUCGGUGACUUAACUCUAGCUUAUCAGUGCUUUAAACUAGCUUUGGUUUUCAACAACGACCACGCUGAGGCAUACAAUAAUUUAGCGGUGCUGGAACUGCGCAAAGGUCACAUUGAGCAGGCAAAAGCUUUUCUGCAGACAGCUGCAUCUUUGGCUCCCCACAUGUAUGAACCACAUUUUAACUUUGCUGUAUUGGCAGAUAAGCUGGGUGAUCUUCAGAGUAGCUACAUGGCUGCCCAGAAGUCAGAAGAUGCUUUCCCUGAGCACGUGGAUACUCAGCAGAUCCUAAAGAACCUCAGGCAGCACUUUGCUGUGCUAUGAGUUAUAUCAAGCAUAUAAAAGGACAGAGCAGAAUUCAGCUAAAUUAUGUUUAAAGAUGUUAUGGAGUCUUGAGAAGUAUAAAAUAUUAACAGGGUUAACACCUUGUUAGUUUUUUUUUUUUUUUUUUAAGAAAUUUCCAUAAGAUGCUACAUACAGAAGAUGUAAAGAAAGGUUGAACAUGGUAAUGGACUUUGACCUGGUAAGGACUUUGACAGGUCCAAUUAUUUCACAUAGACCUUUUUCAGAUACAACAACCCAAUAUUUAACCCAGAUUUACGUGCUGUCUACAGGUACACGGUAAACAAAACAACUUGCCAAGGGUGCUAUGUAAGAGUGAUGCUUAGCCAAAGUGACGAUGUGUGUUUCCUUGCUGAAAUAUUUAGCCUUGCAAACAUUUUACAACUUGCAUUAAAAGGUUUCAUAUUUGGAUUUACUUUGGCUGGAUUCUGUUUACACUUUUCAACAAAAUGUAUCCCCAGUGACCAGAUGUGGUAAAGAACCCUCUCUGGCCACCUUUAAAUGUGGUUAAAGUGUGUACACGUGGCAUUUCAUAUGCUUAAGUGAAAUCUGAACAUGAUCGAACCACUAAAUACACAUGUUAAUGAAAGGUGUAAACAGGCUUAUUGUGUAUAGGACAUGAAUAAAAAUCGCAUCUUGAAAAACCUGUA